CUUGGAAAUCUAUAAUAUAUGUUAUGUGAAUUAUAGAUUUUCAGGCGAUCUAUGCGCUUAAUGCGUGAAACGAAACGCAUCCAUAGAUGUAUGCUGCACUGAGGCGACGUUAACGGCUCCGGACUAAAUUAAGAUUGUACAACAAUGAGAUUCGGUAACAAGGGUACAUCCUCUUCAAUGGCAUACCUUUUGAAAAAAAAGGAGUUUCAAAAGAUUCUCGUAACGAAUUUAGGCUUAAAUUCCGCCGAUGUCGAAGAGUUUCUUGAUAUGAACAAAUAUAUCCUUAAUAUUUCCCGCCAUCGAUUAAUUAACAACUGCUUAAUGUGCCAGAAAUAUAAUGUUGAUGCAAGUCCACUAUUAAACUUUCGAUACUGUCUGAUGUUGUACAAUUACAAACUAGAACAUAGAAUCAACAUAAUGAAAGACAUAGGAGUGCCAAAUUUGAACUCGUCUUUAGUGAGCAAAAUGACCCAUUUUUUUCGCAAAGAUAUACCUACAUUCAAAGAGAAGACCAAUAUUCCAGUUGAACAAAACAUUGCCAAAAAUAUAUUUAAUAGACUCGGUUGUGAAGUUCCAAACGAUAUUUCCCAAUUGGAAUCAUCAAGCAACAAAUUGACAGUCCAUCAAUGCUAUAAGGAAUGUCUCUUGUAUUGCAAAACUCGAGUAUUCAAUCUACCAUAUUUAGAUGACAAGAUAUUGUUGCACGAAUACAUGAAAUUUAAGAGCAUAAGCAUGAUUGCAGAAACAUUAAAAGUACUCAGAAUUAAUCUUGAUUACAAUGAGGAACUGAUAAAAAUGAAACCUUUUGUCAUCACCGCUUCUGCUGACAACAUCAAAUCACUGCUAGAUGGUUUUACAGACAUUUGUGGAAUACCAAUCAUAACACUUUUAAGAGAACAUCCCCGCAUACUUUUUCAAGAUGCUAAUAAUAUUAAAAAAUUACUAAUGUCAUUUAAACGAUAUGAAAUAUCAGAUGAGUAUGUAAAAAAAUACAUGAGGAUUCUCGAAAUAGGUAAUGACACUUUUCUUGAGCGAAUGGAAAUGAUAAAGCAACAUCCAGAUCUACAUGUGUGGUGCAAACAUCCUCGAAUCCUACAAAUUAUCGUCCACAAAGAUAUGGCAAAAAAUCGCAUAGAUUAUCUUUGUACCAUAAAUCGUUCAAAAUGGGUUCGUCCUCAAACGAUCCUGUCCAAACCAGCCGACGUAGAAAAAUUUUUAGAUAAUGCUACAGUUUUGUCCAAAAAAGGUCUCAGGCAUAUAUUUAUGCAAGAACUGGGAGUGGAUAAAAACGAUCUAUUGGCGAGACAUCCGCAUUGGAAAACAGUCGGAUUUGCCGAUAUAGAGCAAAUGUUUAAAUAUCUGAAGAAGCAUUUUACGAUAAACGAAAUAUGCCAGAAUAUACAUAUCAUACUUUAUAGACAAUCCACAGUGAAAAAGGUAUUGGCUGAUUUAAAACGGCGUUAUUCUAAGAGUACAGAGUUUUCAUUUACAAAUGGCCAGUACCUUGCAUUAUGUCUGUAUAUAUUGGAAAGGGAUACUCAUUUCACAGGUGAUGGUAUCUGGAGCAAUGGACAGGGACACAGUGCAAAGGGACAAUCUUUGUGUCCUUUAAAAAAGAUAAAUGUUGCAGCAGGCACUGACAAUGAUACUGUACAAAGUAUGACUGAUUAUUUGAUUAAGAAAGAUAGCCAUAAUAUAAAUGAUGAUUUUAAUACCAAAGAUAACAAUGAUAUGGAUGAUCAUGAUUUUGAUGAUGAAGAUGAGACAUCUACAUCGAAACUGCAACAUACAUGAUAUAUGUAAAUAUUUUGUAUAAAAUACAUAUUUUACAGAAAAUUAUUUCCUAGAUUUGCUAACAUUGAUUUAAUGGAUUCAAUUUGUAAUAAUAUAGUAGUAGAUUUCAAACAAAGUAAAGGAAAUACUAUGAAAUAAUGAA